AUGACAGAACGUCCAAAGCUGUAGAGCUAAGCUAACCGUAUCUCUCGAUAUUAUUCAUUAACAAAAACAGGACGCAGUCCCCUUCCUUCCGCUUCCCCUCCUCCAAUUCAAAAACCUCAAUAAAAUCCUCCAACCUCCGGGAGCAUCUCCCUUGCACGACAAGGCUGGGAUUCUUGGUGAUUCCAUAAAGUCGAAAUCGAAACAUGGGGCGAGAACGCCGCCCUCCUCGCCCCUUUAUUUUUUCGUGAUCGAGGGGAGGUGGAUCCGGGGACGACUCGGAGAUGCCGGAGAUUGAGGAGUGUUCUUCCUCGGUGGGGCUGCCGGGGGAGGCGCCCGGGAACAGCCUCAUGGGGAAGUACGAGGUGGGGAGGCUGCUGGGCCGGGGUGCUUUCGCCAAGGUGUACCACGCGCGGGACGUUCGGACGGGGCAGAGCGUGGCGAUCAAGGCGGUGAGCAAGCAGAAGGUGAUGAAGGGCGGGUUCGCGGCCCACGUGAAGAGGGAGGUCUCCAUCAUGAGGCGGCUCCGCCACCCCCACACCCUCCGCCUCUUCGAGGUGCUCGCCACCCGCACCAAGAUAUACUUCGUCAUGGAGCUCGCCAAGGGCGGCGAGCUCUUCGCCAGGGUCGCCAAGGGCCGUUUCAGUGAGAACCUCUGUCGCCGAUACUUCCACCAGCUCAUCUCCGCCGUCGGCUACUGCCACUCCCGUGGCGUCUUCCAUCGUGACCUCAAGCCCGAGAACCUCCUCCUCGAUGACAACUUGGACCUCAAGGUCUCCGACUUCGGCCUCAGCGCCGUCCGCAAUCAGAUCCGUCCCGACGGUAUGCUCCACACCCUCUGCGGGACCCCGGCCUACGUCGCCCCGGAGAUCCUCGCCAAGAAGGGCUACGAUGGCGCCAGGGUCGAUAUCUGGUCCUGCGGCGUCAUCCUCUUCGUCCUCAGUGCGGGCUACUUGCCCUUCAACGAUCCCAACCUCAUGGUCAUGUACCGGAAGAUCUACAAGGGCGAGUUCCGGUGUCCGAAGUGGACCUCGCCGGAGCUCAAGCACUUCCUCUCCCGUCUCCUCGACACGAACCCCGCCACGAGGAUCACCGUCGAAGAGAUGCUGCAUGACCCGUGGUUCCAGAAGGGGUACGACGAGGCCAAGUUCCUUCACCAUGAUCUCGACUUCGAUCUCGACCUCCUCAAGGGCGCUGCCGCUGAAGGCGACCUGGAGGGCAAGUGCCUCAACGCAUUCGACAUCAUCUCGUUCUCGUCUGGGUUUGACCUCUCCGGCCUGCUCGGCGACGGGUCCGGCUGCGCGGUGGAAGCCGAGCGGUUCGUGUCUGCAGAGCAGCCGGAGGCGAUAGUGGAGAGGGUCAAGGAGGCUGCGGAGGAGGCGGGCAUGAGGGUGGCGCAGCGGAAGGGUUGGAGUGUAAGGCUGGAGGGGCAGGGCGGUAAUUUCGUGGCUGGAAUGAGGAUCGACCGGCUGACGGAGGAGCUGGUGGUGGUGGAGGUGAAGAGGCGGGAGGCGGAGGUGGAGCCGGAGGUUGAACCUGGCCGGAGUUUAUGGAAAGAUGAGCUGCGGCCGAAGCUUCUCGGUUUAAUUUAUCAACCGGACGAGCCGGUUCACCGUGACUAAGGAGAAACAGAUACUGCCUUUGUUAUGGAAAAUAUUUCCUCAUGGAAAUAAUUAUUAUGAGGGGUAAAAUAUAAAUAAACCCCCAGAAUUCAUUUUCAAGGGGAAAAAAAGAAAGAUUUGGGGGUGUAAAUGCAAGAAAAAGAUUCCCGGGUUCUCUGUAAAUUUGCAAUUUUUGCCUGGGAUUUUCCAUUUAUAUAUAUAUACAGACAUAUAUAUACUCCCAAGAAAUGUAUCCCAUAAUUAACGAAUUCAAGUUUUGGCAUUACCUUUUUUAUUA